CGCAAUUUUACUCGGGUUCACGGCCUUCUCGACUUCAUAGUGCGAGGAACCCCUUCUGAUCCCUCUCGCUACUUCGAUCCCAAUUUAUUAGGUUUUCCUUUUCGAUCCGCUUGAAGCUCUGUGAUUCCAGGUGCUCUGGUUUUUGGGCCUUGAGCUUUUGAUGAGAGGAUGAAGACACCGUACCAGAAACACAGGAAGGAUGAAGAAGCAAAGAAGAAGAGAGAUGAAGAAGAGACUGCUCGCUUAUUAGAGCAGUUUAAAGAGUCUUUCGAGGGAGAUGACCCUUCUGGGCCAAGAGCUUUUGUACGAGGAGGGACAAUCGACCCCAAUCUGAAGCCUCGAAAUGAUCCUGAAGGUGGAAAUUCCAAAGAUGGGGUAUCUGUACCAAAGAAGGGAAGUAGGUAUGUGCCAACUUUCUUGCCUCCUAUAUCUAAAGGGCGGGAACCUGAGAAGAAGGAAGAUGAGAAGCAAAAGGAAAAGGAGAAAGGAAAAGUUCGUGUGAUUGAUAAAUAUGUAGAGGAGCUAAAGCUUGCCCAAGAAUUGAGGGAUAAGCGAAAUCAAGAUCGUGAGCUUCGGCGAGAAGGACGCCAUGAUGGUAUUUCUGCUACACUCAGCCAUUUUGAUGAACCACCAGAUGGUUUUGAUCUGAGUGGAAAGGUUCCAGGUUCAUUUGAUGAUGGGGAUCCUCAAACCACGAAUUUGUAUGUUGGUAACCUCUCACCACAGGUGGAUGAGAAUUUUCUUUUGAGGACAUUUGGUAGGUUUGGCCCCAUUGCAAGUGUGAAGAUAAUGUGGCCUCGAACUGAAGAGGAACGCAGGAAGCAGAGAAAUUGUGGUUUUGUCGCUUUUAUGAAUAGAGCGGAUGCACAAGCUGCUAAGGAUGAAAUGCAAGGUGUAGUUAUUUUUGAGUAUGAGUUGAAGCUAGGGUGGGGUAAGUCUGUGCCUCUGCCAUCACAGGCGCUGCCUGCCCCUCCACCAGGACAGAUGGCCAUUAGAAAUAAGGAGGGUGGUGCUGUAAUAUUGUCUGGCACUCAUAGCCAGCCGGCGUCUUCUAUAACAAGCAAAGUUUCUGAUCUGGUGCUCACUCCAAAUGUUCCUGAUAUAGUCAUUGUUCCUCCCAAGGAUAACCACCUCCGGCAUGUGAUUGACACAAUGGCAUUGUUUGUUCUUGAUGGUGGAUGUUCCUUUGAACAAGCUAUAAUGCAGAGAAGCCGUGGAAACCCAUUAUUUGGCUUUCUGUUUGAUCUUGGAUCUAAGGAGCAUGCAUACUAUGUCUGGAGACUCUAUUCCUUUGCUCAGGGUGAUACUCUUCAGCGCUGGCGGACAGAGCCUUUCAUCAUGAUUACUGGUAGUGGAAGAUGGAUCCCACCUUCUUUGCCAACUGUUCAAAGCCCAGAGCGUGAGAAAGAGACUGGCACCACAUUUGCAGCUGGUAGAAACAGGAGAGUGGAAUUGGAGCGUUCUUUGACAGAUGCACAACGAGAUGAGUUUGAGGAUAUGUUGCGGUCUUUGACUUUAGAAAGGAGUCUGAUAAAAGAUGCUAUGGGGUUUGCUUUGGAUAAUGCUGAUGCAGCUGGAGAGAUCGUUGAGGUCCUCUCUGAAUCAUUGACACUUAAAGAAACACCGAUACCAACUAAGGUUGCAAGACUUAUGCUUGUCUCCGACAUACUUCACAACAGCAGUGCUCCAGUGAAGAAUUCCUCUGCUUAUCGCACAAAGUUGGAAGCUACCAUACCAGACAUAAUGGAGAGCUUCAAUGACCUCUAUUGCAGUAUCACCGGAAGGAUCACUGCCGAAGCACUUAAGAUUUUGAAAGUUUUUCAAGUGUGGAGUGACUGGUUCCUCUUUUCGGAUGCGUAUGUGAAUGGGCUCAGAACUACUUUUCUUCGUUCAGGGAGCUCAGGUGUAGUUCCAUUUCACUCUCUUUGUGGGGAUGCACCUGAAAUCGAAAAAAGAAUCAGCUCUGAAAAUCCAAGUGAUGUUAAGAUUAAUCAAGAUGGUGCCCUGGCGAUCGGAAAGGGUGCAGCAAUGAAAGAACUAUUAGGUCUUCCUCUUGUUGAACUUGAAAAAAGAUGCAGACACAAUGGCUUAUCUCUUUGUGGUGGUAGAGAAAUGAUGGUUGCAAGACUGCUCUAUCUAGAGGAUGCAGAAAAGCAGAGAGGCUAUGAUGAUGUCAGGAGCGGGCAUAGUGUUUCAGCUAAGUACACAGAUGAUGAAAGCCAGAUCGGUCAUAGUUCUCGACAUGGAGUUGCUGAUCUCAGGACCAAACCUUUCACACAGAAAUCUUCGCAGCAUCGUGUUGGGGGGGAUGUUGUGGGGGAUGCGAUGUUUGAACCAUCUGUAGAUCCUGUGUCACCGGACUCCGAGGCAGGUGCAACUACAAUCAAGAAAGGAAGUUCUACUCAAUUUCUCCCUGCUUCUAAAUGGAAUAGAGAAGAUGAUGGCAGCAAUGAUGAUGGUGAUGAUAAGAAUGCCCAGGUUUUAGGCUUAAGUUAUUCCUCACCAGGAAGCAGAAACACUGUUGGUGAGCCUGAGAAGGGAGAUGAAACUGAAACUGAAACUGAAACUGAAACGGUGUCUUUUUCCGGUCCUCGCACUCACAAUGACAACAGUAUGAGUGAAGAGCACAGGCAAAAAUUAAGGCGUUUGGAAGUCGCUGUAUUGGAAUACCAGGAAUCUCUUGAAGAACAAGGCAUGCACAAUAAACAGGAAAUCGAGAAGAAAGUUGAAAGCCACCGUAGGCGUCUUCAAUCCGAAUUUGGUCUGUUAGAUUCUUCUGAUGAUCAGAGCAGCAACAAGCACCCAACUCAGCGAACAAGAACUGGGACUGAACAAGACAACAGUACUUAUGAAUCUUUGAAGAAGCGGCGUCGGAGCCAUAGCCGGAGCCGAAGUCCACCGAGCAAGUCAUCGUCGAGGGACAAGGGAAGAAGAAGCAACAGCCGAGAUCGGCAUCGGAGCAAGGACCAAUCUUAUGAGAGGGACAAAGAUCGAAGAAAAUGAACGUAAAUUGCCUGCUUGAAAAGUUUUUUUUUUGAACUUAGAAUGAUGAAAACUUGAGCCUUUUCCAGGCAAAUGUUUGCGUUAAUGUAAGAUGCAAGCUUGUUUUUGCCUUUCGAUGGUAUCAAUAUUACGUUGUGUUUUUUUGUUUAAUCAAAUAAUACCAUUUUUAUGA